AUGGAUCCUAAGAGAGCAGCAGAUUUUGCAGGGAGAUUGAAAAAUGCAGGACCAAGAGGUGUAGGUGCCGGUCUGGGCAUCGCUGCUUUAGCUGGCGGAAUUUACGCGCUAACGCAGUCUAUAUACACAGUUGAUGGUGGUCACAGAGCCAUUAUUUUCAGCAGAUUAUCCGGGAUACGGCCAGAGGUCUAUGUUGAGGGUUUGCAUUUCAGGGUCCCUUGGUUUCAGUAUCCAAUUAUAUAUGAUAUUCGAUCUCGGCCAAGAAAGCUUUCGUCUCCUACCGGCAGCAAGGAUCUGCAGAUGGUGAAUAUCUCUCUGAGAGUCCUGUCUCGACCAAAUGCCAUUGCUUUACCUCAGAUCUACAGACAACUGGGCACUGAUUAUGAUGAAAGGGUGCUGCCCUCUAUUUGCAAUGAGGUCUUAAAGAGUGUUGUGGCCAAAUUCAACGCCUCCCAGCUGAUCACCCAGCGUCAACAGGUGUCCCUGCUGAUUAGACGAGAGCUGACCCAGAGAGCCAAGGAUUUCCACAUCAUCCUUGAUGAUGUUUCUAUCACAGAGCUUAGCUUUGGGAAAGAGUACACGUCUGCUGUUGAGGCCAAACAGGUUGCCCAACAAGAUGCGCAGAGAGCUCAGUUCAUUGUAGAGAAGGCCAUCCAAGAGAAACAGCAGAAAGUGGUCCAGGCUGAGGGUGAGGCCGAGGCUGCCCGGCUCAUCGGUGAAGCAGUGAGUGCCAAUCCUGGCUAUCUCAAGCUGAGGAAGAUCCGUGCUGCCCAGAACAUUGCCAGAACAAUUGCCCAGUCACAGAACAGAAUCUACCUGAACGCCAGCGGGCUGAUGAUGAACAUCGGCGAGGAAGGUUUUGAUGCCGCUGCAGAUGCACUCGUUAACAAGAAGAGAAAAUAA